AUGGAAGAGCGCUUAAGUAAAGUAAGUGAGGCGCUUGUUCCAGCUACGCGCACGGCGAGCUUGUUGCCUUCGUCGACGGAUCUGGACUUUUAUUGCUCGAUAGACCCAGACGUCAAACGUGCGCUGGAACGCAUCAGCACGGACUUGCAGGAUGUGGUGAAUUUUAUGACCACCUGGAUGGGUGAAGAAGCAGGGAACAGAACGUUGGAUCAUUUGUCGGCACCCACAUCGUUUGCCGGAAGCGUGGGUGAUACCGUGGAUCGCUUGUUAGAACGCGCAGACAUCUACUUGGAUGAGUACACUGGAGUACGGAAAAUUUCACCCAGUCGAGAGAAGAAGAGCAGCCAGGAAACAAGUUCGACAGGAGCAGAUGAGAGUGAUAUGAUGAUACCUUCCACAGGCAAGCUGCCGCCUCAUUUGCAGCGCGCCGACAUCCCAAAACCUCAAGACAAGUUUAGCAGGCAGCCAGACAACCGUGCAAAUACGCCGUGGGAGCGAACCUUUCAAUUUGGUAAGCCAAAUGCGCGAGUUCCGAUCGGUUGGAGAGACCCGUCGUGGAAUGUAUCUUCGGAUGCGAUCAUCGAAGGGCAGUAUGGGACGGAAGGCGAUCCACGCCUCGGUCCAUACUAUGUGGAAAUUCAACAGACACCAGUCCCAGAGUCUGCUUUUCAUGUUGGCAAUGCAGAAGCGCCAGUACCAUUGCGGAUUGAGAAUCCGGGCUCAUCACAGCCUUGUGACUUUGUGUGGGUUGACUCGGCGGAAAAGGUGCGGCAAUUGCAAAAACACCUUGAAGAGGAGCGCGUCACGGAAAUCGCGGUAGAUCUGGAGCAUCAUAAUCAACGAUCAUACCAGGGCAUUGUUUGCUUGAUGCAAAUCAGUACACGGUGGGGCGACUGGAUCGUGGACACCUUGGUUGACGAGGUGCGAGAAAGUGCUGAGCUACUCAACACAGCAUUCACGCAUCCCGAUAAGGUGCUUGUGCUUCAUGGAGCUGACCACGAUAUUUUGUGGCUCCAGCGCGACCUGGGAUUGUAUGUAACGAAUCUCUUCGACACAUUUCAAGCGGCGCGCGCUCUGCAAUUCGGUGCACUCAGCCUGGCAUUCCUCCUGCUGCGCUACACGAAUUUUGAAGCUGAUAAACGCUUUCAAACGGCUGAUUGGCGUAUUCGACCACUGCCGCGAGAGAUGCUAUUUUAUGCUCGCUCCGACACGCAUGCGCUUCUCUAUGUUUACGACUGCCUGCGCAACGAGCUGCUUCAGCGUGGUGGGCCGCUAGCUGUAAAGGAGGUGUUUGAUCGAAGUAAGCCUACAGCCUCCAAAGUGUAUGCAAAAGAGCCAUGGGAUGAAAGGGGCAAUUCUCGCGGAGGGUGGAAAUCACUGUGGAUACGAAUGGGUGGUGAUCUGGCGCGGGCGUCACAAGAUGCGCCACCUGAUGCACCGCUUGGACGUGAGGAGCGAAUCGUGCGGCGCUUACAUCACUGGCGUGACCAGGUGGCACGGAAAGAAGAUGAGAGUCCGGCGUUCGUCAUGCCGCCUCGUGUUCUGAUACAGUUGGCUUUACGGCCGCCGCUGAAUCUGUCGGAAGCCAAAGCACGGACGCCGCCGUCGCUCAAGUUUGUACGAAGUCGUCUGGACGAACUUGUCAAGACUGUGAAGGAUGAAUGGCACGCAUACCUGUCGGAUGUGCGACCGGAGUCGCUCGGUGAUGAGAGCACAGUAGACAAGUUGGGCGAACCGCUGUCAUCGUCCAAGACAGAGGCGGAAGAAGAUCUGGGUGAAAAGUGGAUGCCUACUUCUACGAUACCGCAAGAAGCAUCAUCGAUGGCCGUUGCCCAAGAGGUGCCAAUGCAUCCGGACGUGUGGGCUAGGCAGCCACAAGGCAAAAGCAGUCCAGAUGCACAAUUAUUCCGUGGCGUCAAGGUUCUGGACGAGCCAGAGAAGCCGAAGAAAAGUAAGUCACUCUUCGAAAUGCCAUCGGCACGAGCGCCAGCGCAGGUGAGCCGAACAUUGCAAAAUAUUCGGACAGACUUGGUUCAGCGACUAGGCACGCUUGUCGGAGCAGCGUGGGGAAGACCGGCAGCGGAACUGCAACCAGAGGACAACCAUGAUCAGCCGAAAGAGGACACGCAUCCUAUAAUAGAUAAUCCCGAGGAAGAACGAGCUUCAAAGGUUGCGACGACGGCAGUGAAGCGAGCAUUUUCACAAGACCGCCAGGACUCUGAUAAAGAGGCUCGCGCUGCAGAAGAAGCAGCUAGACAAACUGAGGAACAUGACGUUGGAACAGAUCCUGUCGUUCAAGUUAGGAAGCAUAGUGGCCCAACUCGAAAGCGACAGCGCGCAAAAUCAACACCCAACAGCGGAAUACCAGUCGCGUUUGACUAUGGAUCGGCGUCAUCGAUGCUAGAAGCACCGAGACCACAUGCGCAGGCGUCGCUCUUGCCUACAUCAACCAGCGGGGCUCGAAAGGUGGCUGAGCCAAAAGGAGCAAGGCAAAAAAGUAAUGUGCGACAUGGCAACAAGAGUGGAACAUUUGCAACACGCAGGUCAUAG